AAAAAACAAGUUAUAAUAGAAGCUAAAGAACCUAUAUUACCAGGACUAGCUGUUUUAGAAUAUAAAGGAAUUGUUUUAUUGCGGCAACAUUAUGUUGAUACCAAUUUGUUCUUUAAAAUAGCUCAUCCUCAUGUUUUAUUUUAUUCUAAAUUUGAAGAUAUAGAUUUAUGUAUAGAUUCUAGUUCCUAUGGUAACAAGGCCAGGUAUAUUAGACGUUCAUGUUCACCUAAUGCUGAGGUUCGUCACCUGGUGGAACAUGGUCGUAUCCAUUUUGUGAUAUUUUCAACAAAAGAUAUUGAAAAAGGAGAAGAAAUCACUAUACCUUUUGAUUAUAACUAUCAGGAAUGUAUGUAUUGUGUUGAAUGUGCUUGUCUACGUAACAACUGUACUGUAUCCAAAUUCUGGAAAAAAAUGACUAAAAAUACUCAAAAUAAGUAA